GCUCUGUUUCUUGUUCUCCAGAUUAACCCGAAGCACAUGAUGCUGGAGCUCGUGAUUGAGUCGCAGCUCAGAGUCAUGAAAGACUUUCUCUCUUCUUUUCUCUUCUCCUCCUGUUCUCCGGCAGAGCUUCAUCAUGGCCUCUCCGCGGCUGGAGACCUUCUGCUGCCCAAACCGUGACCCUGCGACCGAGUUCAUCACCGGCUUCCAGCCUCGGUUCUUCAGCGGGAUCUGCUCCUGCAGCGCCGCUCUGAGCCUCGCUCUCACCGGCCUCCAGCUGCUGCCCAAACACCGGCCCUUCAGACACGCUCCUCCACACAAACCAGCCUCCUCGCUCCGGAUCCUCUUCAUCAUCAGCGUCUGCGACCUGCUGGGCUGCGCAGGAAUGGUGGUCCGCUCGUCCGUCUGGCUGGGUUUUCCGGAUCUGAUCAGCAGGGUUUCUGCUGGGAACGGCACUGACGUCUGGCCGCAGGUGUUUUGUGUCGGCGGCGCGAUGUGGAUCCAGCUGUUCUUCAGCGCCUCCUUCUGGUGGACCUUCUGUUACGCGGUGGACGUCUUCCUGGUGGUGAAGCGCUCGGCGGGCAUCAGCACGAUCGUCCUGUAUCACAUGAUCACGUGGGGUCUGACGCUGCUGCUGUGUGUGGAGGGAGUCGCCAUGCUUUACUACCCCUCCAUAUCCAGCUGUGAGAACGGCCUUCAGCACGCCAUUCCUCACUACAUCACCACAUACGCUCCCAUGCUGCUGGUGCUCCUCGUCAAUCCAGUGCUGUUCACACGGACCGUAUCUGCAGUGACGUCGCUGCUGAAGGGUCAACAGGGAAUCUACACCGAGAACGAGAGACGACUCGGAUCUGAGAUCAAAAUACGCUUCUUUAAGAUCAUGCUGGUCUUCGUCAUUUGCUGGCUGCCCAACAUCAUCAACGAGAGUCUGCUGUUUUAUCUGGAGAUGCAGGACGAUGUUAAAGCCGGCGAUCUGAAGAACGUCCGUAACGCCGCGCUCAUCACGUGGUUCAUAAUGGGAGUCCUGAACCCCAUGCAGGGGUUCCUCAACACGCUGGCGUUUCACGGCUGGACGGGGCUAAACGUGGACUUCAGCCGGCAGAGACGGCGCGAGCUGCCCUGGGAUUCGGCCUCCACGUCGCUGGCGGGCGGCUACACGCCCGUCGCCGGAUCGGCGCUGCUCUACCAAAGCCAUGUGCAGGAGAUCAAGAAGAACCUGAGCGCCAAUGGACAGCAGCAGCCCUCAGACGCCAUCAGUGUCCUGUCUGAAGAUUCAGAGUCUAGUACAGUAGAAAUCCACAUAUCCAGUGAGCAGCGAGAGUUUGAGGAUGUAAAGCCAAACGGAGCAUCACUGGAGAUUUCUACAGGCUGAACAUCUCGCCCGCCUCAAACACCCGCUCUCAUACUCUCCAACUUCUGAUUCACAAAGAAAAAUAAGCCUUCAUGCAUCUGUACAAUCAAUCAAUCAAUCAAUCACUUCUGUUUGUGCUGUUAAAGGUUUCUCUGAAACAUAAUUCAGUACAAAACUUUGGUUUGAAUCAAAAAUGCAAAUAGAAUUUGUCUUUAAAAUGUCAUUCACCAAAGGAUCACACUGUAAAAAUGCAGUAUUACACAUCACAUAGAGAUUGUGUAGACAUAGCUGUUGCUGCUUGUUUUAUUCAUUUUAUACUUAAAUUAUACUUAUUAAACAUUCUUCAUUUUAUGCUGUCAUUAAAGAUGAAGUGUGUCAUUUUUUUGGUCUAAUCGGUAGGUUGACUUACUGAAUGUGGCACAAAUUAAUUCAUUAUUUAGAGACCAAAAUUGAUAUUUUGGCACUUUGGCAAAAAUAUAACAUACACUAAAGGCAAAAACAAAAGUUUGGAAUAUUUUAGAUUUUUAGUGUUUUUAAAUCAAGUCUUUUCUGCGUACAAAGACUGCAUUUAUUUGAUCAAAAACGGUAACGAUUGAGAAAUAUUAUUAUAAUUUGAAAAGAGUUUUCCAUGUUGACAUUUUUAAAUGUAAUUUAUGUGCAAUGCAAAGCUGAAUUUUCAGCAUCAUUGGAAACUCAUACAAAAAAAAAAAAAGUAUUUAAAAUAAUUAUUUUAUUGAUCAAGAAUUAUAUAGUAACAGUAAAGACAUUUAUAAUGUUACAAAAGAUUUCUAUUUCAAAUAAAUGCUGUUUUAACAUUUGCACACACAAAAAAAAAAAACAGCUAUUUUACAAUUGUAAUAUUUCACAAUUUUUACUGUAUUUUUGACCAAAUAAAUGCAGCCUUGGUGGACAUAAGUGACUCUUUCAAAAAUAUUAAAACAUCUUAAUUAUUCAAAAUUUUUGACAAUUAUUCCAACAUUUCUGUUAUGGAGUUUCACAUGCAAGUUGAAUGAAUCAAACACGGCUGAUUAUAAUAUCAAAAUAGAGUGAUUUAUUUGAGCCUCUGAAUGUGAGACAUUGAGAUUCAGUUUUGUCCACGUUUUUGGCAGCAGGUCAGAAACACGUCAGAACAUGCAUAUGACCAACCGCAGAUCUCUCGAUGUGCCAAGAUCACGACGCAAUUCUCAGUCUGACACAGACAAUAAGGGCUUCAGAAAACCGACAGCACGCAGAAAUGCAACGCUUUCCAUGCAUUAAAAAAAAUUCCAUUAAAACCCACUAGAAUUGGUUUUAUUGAUUAAAAAAAAGAGAAACGUCCAUUGUCAAACGCACACGACGGUGCAGUACGUACUGUACGAAAUUAACGCCGCACCAGUCGCGUUUAAAUAGCGAUGGCAUCAAGACGAGGCACCGAUCACAGCUUAAAGUUUACAGCAGAACUAACUGAUCAGUUUCUGAUCGAACCUGGUCAUCAAACACAAAGCUCAGUAGACGGACAUACGAUAAAUGCGCUAGAAAAACACGUUACAUUCAUCACGCGUCCACCGAAAACGCAUCUAAUUCAGACGAGAUGCGAUAAAGCGAUGAACUAGGGUUCAUCCGAUAACAAAAAGUGUCUCCGUUUAACGAAAAUUCACCUUCUCAUCUAUUUAAAUCUGACGAGAAAUUUUGAUGGUUGCUUGGUUUCUACUGUUGUGUUGAGAAGCUCCGCCCACGCUGAAACCUCAUUGGUCCAAAUAUUUGAUUGGCGGGUCACCACAGUAGUUUCACAUUCAGUGUGGAAGGACAAAAAAAAAAAAACUUCGUAAAGGUAGAACGACACUGAUCGUGUCCUUACGAAGCUCCGCGCGAUAUGUUGGGGGGAGGGGGGGAUAGCGUUAAGAAUUAAUUAAUUAAUUAGUGUCCACGUAAAUGUACAAAUUCCUUCUCUAGUUUUAAUUUAGCCAUGAAUUUAGAAUUCCUUCCGGAAUUUUAGUAAAUCAUGGCGACGUCAUACUAAUUUGUUCCCUCGGUUAAAA